GGCACCCAGCCGGCUAUGCUUCGUGGCUCGCGGCUCCCGCUCUGGCCCUGGGUCCUGCUGCUGCUGCCGCCGCCGCCGCUCGCCGGCGCGCUGGAGCCCCGCGGCCGGGCCAGGCCCGAGGAGGCAGCAGAGGAGCCGGGCUCCGGGCGGGCCAGGCCAGCCUUCCAGGACCUGCAGGAGCAGCUGAGGGCGGCCAUAGCCCUCACCAGACGGUACUGGGCGCUCUUCACCUGCCGCGUGUGGCCUGAGACCUGCGGGCAGGACGGGAAGUCCCCCCUAGCCUGGAGCCUUCCUCUGCUGGGCCAGCAGUACCUGGACAUCCUGACCACGUGGUACUGCAGCUUCCAGGAUUGCUGCCCCUCGGGGGACUGCAGGAUCUCCAACAACCUCACAGGCCUGCAGCGGGACCUGAGCGUGCGGCUGCACGGCCAGCACCUGGCCCGGGAGCUGGUCCUGACCACGGUGAGGGACUACCUGGCGCUGCCCCGGCCGGACAAGGCCCUGGCCCUGUCGUUCCACGGCUGGUCUGGCACGGGCAAGAACUUCGUGGCCCAGAUGCUGGCGGAGAACCUGUACCGGGACGGGCUGAGGAGUGACUGCGUCAAGGUGUUCGUCACCAUGCUCCACUUCCCUCACCCCCGUCUCGUGGGUCUGUACAAGGAGCAGCUGCUGGACCAGGUGAGGGAGACGCAGGAGCGCUGCCGCCAGACCCUGUUCGUGUUUGACGAGGCCGAGAAGCUGCACCCGGCACUGCUGGAGGCCCUGGGGUCGCACCUGGAGCGCCAGGCGCCCGAGAACCACAGGGCCGAGUCCCCGAGAACCAUCUUCCUUUUUCUCUGUAACCUCGGGGGCAGCGCCGUCAACCAGGUGGUCCUGGAGCUGCUCCGGGCCGGCCGGCCGCGGGAGGAGGUCACCAUGGAGCACGUGGAGCCCCGCCUCCGGGCCGAGCUGGCGGCGUCCCCAGACAGCGGCUUUGGCCGCAGCCGCCUGGUGAAGGAAAACCUGAUCGACCUCUUCGUCCCCUUCCUGCCCCUGGAGUACCGGCACGUGAGGCUGUGCGCGCGCGACGCCUUCCUGAGCCGCGGGCUCCCGCACACGGAGGAGACGCUGGACGAGAUCACCGGGACGAUGGUGUACGUCCCCAAGGAGGAGCCGCGCUUCUCCGCCCAGGGGUGCAAGUCCAUCGCGCAGCGCAUCAGCUACUUCCUGCCUUGAGGCCCAGACGGGCACUGCCCCGAGCUGCCUUCCUUCCCCCACCAGGGCCCUGGGGCCGGCACAGUCACACCCGAGGAGCGUGUAUCACACCCGAGGAGCGUGUAACCGGGAGGCCUUAGCUCAGCAGCCAGGGCUGCUCCUAAAAUCACCUGGUGCCUUAGCAGCCACGUGGGGGGAAACACAGCCCCAGGGGCUGUCGACCUCAGCUCUCGCCCGCAGGAGCUUGAACUUGGGUGGGUGAGGGUCCCGACGCAGCAGGACCCUCCGCGACAGGGAAGGGGGAGGACGUUCUGCUGACCGUGGCCAGCUGGGGGCGGUGGCUUUCAGGCGGCCGUUCCCAGAGGGGAGCUGGGCAGCUUGCGCCUGGGAGCAGGUCUGGGAAGAGCAAGUACAGAGUGACUUUUUGGAAUCAUGUCGAUGCACGCCAAGGUUGGUUGGUUCUCUGCAGUUUUU